AGGCAAUAUUUCUCCUAACAAAGCUUGAGUUGCGCAGCCCCGUUCGCCACAGAGUGCCUGGUACCUUCGGCUAGGCCGACAUCAUAUCUCUGCAGUUUACCCUUUUAUCUGCCUCGAAGGAACCCUUUUUAUUCAAACAAACCAGCUCUGCAUUCACUCUUCAACUCACUCUUCAUCAUCAAUUCCCUCUUCCUCUGAGUACGAAUACAACCUUUAAACAUUCGAGUUUUUCAGAGCCUUCUGUCCAAAUCGAAGCUAUCCAGAUGUCGUCCUCAAAGACUUCACCGCCCUCAUCGCGCCCCACCUCCAGAGAUUCGCGCAAGACCAUGUCGAUAGAUCUCUCAAAUGUCCCUCCUCUGUCGAUGCCAACACCUCCCUCAAAUACUCUCCUCAUUACAAACCUCCAGGAUGCCGCCAUCUUCCGCCCCGACAACCUCCAGACCAUCAGAGACCUCAUCAACUCCUCAGCUCCAAUCCAUGCCUGGGCACCCCUCAAGUCCUUCCGCCGCAUCAUAGUCUCCUUCUUCGACGAGGCCUCCGCCAUCCGGAUCCGACAGAUCCUCGAUGGAGAAGCCAUCAUGGGCGAGAUCGUGAGAGUCUACUUCGGCCAACCGACCCCCAUCGAACCUAAAGAUGAGCAUCUCAACCUGCCCGACGCGGGCAAGCUAUUCUUCAUCUCGCCCCCUCCAUCGCCGCCUCACGGCUGGGAAAUGAGGUUGGAAGAUGCGCCCAACAAGCAGGUUCACCCGGAGGAUCUCGCCGAGGCACUGGCCAAGCUGCACCAUAGACCGACGGCGGAUUCGCCAACCAGUCCCACGAGCAUCGGGGGUGGAGAGGGGAGACAUAGGAGCGGGAGCAGCACCACGAUAUACGAUCCGGAAGAACAUGGCCAUAGCCCGAAUCUGCCAGCGAUUGCGGUAGAAGACAUGACGGGCGGGAAUGAUAUCAGUCCGAUUGAGCAGGAGAAGCCCAUUUUUGCACAUACGUCACGACCACCGGUUGAGUUGAUGGAGCAGUAGAAUUGGGUAUGGGUUCUUCUUGGAGCAUGUUUUGGCGUUGUGGCAUGGCAUGGCAUAUGGCAUUCUAAGUGGGGUUCUGCCCCUGCAUUAAGCAUUGGUGUACCGGCGUU